AGUCACAAGGCUGGAGCCAAAGGUCACACAACCGUCCUUCCGUCUGUCACAAACACUGAAGAUGCUGCAAGCACCAGGCGUGCUCCUGCUGUUCUGUCUUGGGGCAACAAAUGCUCUCUACAAACAAUGGAUUCCUGAUACCAACUAUGAGAAUAAGACCAACUGGGACAAGGGAAAGGUUCCGUGUGGCAAUGACAUAGCUCUGUUUUCGGCUCAAAGAAAGGUCUCUGUGUUUGUGGAGACCACGCAUGCUGUCCAGGAGAUGAGGCUGCCGGUCGACGGAGAGCUCAUACUGAAUUCGGGGGCUGGCUUUUACGUUCUCGGUGGAAAAGACCCGGCUUGUGGUUCAGGUACCACGACCGAGUUCCAAGACUCGGAAUCUCUGCAGUGGUUCAACCCGGCUCUGUGGCAAGCAGCAGCGUCUCAGAAUGACCUUCAGCUUGGAAAUUUCCUGUUUGCAGUCCACGAGGAGAGUGUCCCCUGUCAGCAAGAUGACGUGGUUUUCAAAGCCCUCUCCUCCUUCAGAGUGGACACCAGCUCCAGCCAGCCUACCAUCCCUGUGAAAUCUGUCUCUGUGCUGGGGAAAACAUUUGACAGCAGAGCAGAGUUUUCUCAAUAUCUCAGUUCCCGCUCUGGUCAAAUGCAGUUUCACGGAUCUUCAGCAGUCACUGCUGGAAACCCAGGAUGUGGAGAUUCUUCUGGCUGUGACUGUGGCAACUCUGUAAACCAUCAGCUCAUCUGUAGCACUGUAAAAUGUGCUACUGUGAGCUGUAAGAAGCCACUCUCUCCGGUGGGACACUGCUGUGAGGUGUGCGGUGCCAUUGUAACAAUCGAUUACACCGCAGGUUUCACUGUGCAGACUUACAGGGAACGGAUACAUCAUCUUUUCCUUAUUCUGCCAAAAUACAAGUCCAUUCAGCUGGGCAUUUCUAAAGUCUUCAAGUCACAGAGGUUGCUGGGCGUGAUUCCUUUCAGCACAAUACCUGAGAUCCAGGUAGUUAUUGUGGAUGGAGAGGACGGGAAGGUCUCAGAGGAUCUGGCUCAGGACUUAAUGACAGAUAUUGGUUCUCAUGGCUCAGAAAUAGGAAUCACAGGAAGUGAAUUUCAAGCUUCUUCUGGGAAUACCAGUGAUCUGUCUGGAAGCAAUGCAGGGAUGGUGGCUGGAGUUGUCAUUGCAGUUUUAUUAAUGAUUGCACUCAUUGCCGUCGGGGCUGUGCUGAUCCAAAAGGGGGUCGUUCGGCUUCCAUCCAUGCCUACAAUCACAAUGCCAUCUCUGAGCAGCUUUAGAAGAAACACGGAUGUUGGAGAUCUUGGUGGAACUAUUGACCACGGCUUUGAUAACCCUAUGUUUGACCAGCCGAACACGAUGUCUAACAUUCCCGGUCUAUAUGGGACUGACCGCCAGUCAAUCUCUAUGACUCAGACAGGUGUGCACUUUGUAAAUCCAGUGUAUGAUGAAAAUGAAAUAGAUCUAAAAGUGUAAAGACCUUUUCUACUUUCACUCUAACACGUCUUAAUUUGAUUGUUUUUCUCUUCACUUCGUGAUUCACAACAACUCAGUUUUUAAGGGCUGACAUGUUAAGCUGUUAAUGAUCAAAUAAAGUUGCGAGACAAAUACCAGAACA